UUUAAAUUUUGCUUUCAGAGUUGCAAGGAUCAAAAUCUCUAAUCGAGAAUCAACUAUGCCGAACAACAGAAAUGUUGCAGAUGGAGAAUUUCAUUAUUCAUCUACUCAAGAAUCAACAAAUAUAGAUCAACAUAAUUCAUAUGAUGAUAAAGAGUAUUUGCAAAAGGCAAUGAUAAAUGCACUGUUUGCAUAUGCUGAAGCAUCUAAGGCUAAAUCAGGUUUUGUUUUAGCGGAAAGAAAGAGUGUAAAUCAUACUUGUUCAAUUACUAAGUGUGUGAAUGCUCUUGAUGAGAUUGAAGAUGUUAGCGACGAUGUUUAUAUGAAAGCUGUGGAGAAAUUUAUGGAUCCUAAUUGGAGGGAAGUGUUUGUUGCUAUGUCUAGUUAUAGGAGAAGGGAAUGGCUAGUUAGACUUUAGGGAAAUUGAUCUUGUGCAUUUAUCGUUGUAUGUAUGAUGAACAUGUAUGUGUUUAUGAGCUUUAUCAUGU